GUGUCUUUGUUAUUGAAUCAACCAACAGGCCAGAGUAGCUGCAGAUUUGGCUAUAAAGGAUAACAGACAGCUAAUGGAGAUUGAGUUUCCCACAGCUGGACUCGGGUCUGUGCCAGGUGAUGGGGAAGGUGGAAUUGAAAUGACUGAGAGCAUGCAAUUGAUUCGUGAAUUUUGUGACCGCUUCAUUAGUUCAGAGAAAGCCACACGAACAAGAAUAUUUUUUCCAGAGGCUAGCGAAGUUGACUUUGCCAGACAAUCAGUUUUUAGUGGAUGUUCUUUUAAGUUGGACUAUUUGACAAAUCCUUCAUUUUUUGAAGAUUUUGGCUUUGUUGAGAAAAUAAAAAUGUCAGACAGGGUGAAGACCGGAGAUGAACAUUUCUUGGUUAGCUACCCAUAUUUUAAUGCCAAUGAAAUACUCGUUGUGGAAGAACUUUAUAAAGAGGAGGUCUUGAACACUGAACGGAAACUGAUUAUUUUCAAUGGAGAACUCGAUCGCAUAAGAUCUGGAUAUUAUCCAUCAUUCUUCUACCCAAAGCUUGCUGCACUUACGAAUGCUAGAGGAAGGACACCACCAUUUCCAUCUUGUGAUGUGGCCAUUAAGAGGGUCCCACGGUAUUUGCCGUACAAAUGGGUGUCGUCAACUUGUAUGAUGUCCAAAAAACUCUAUGAAACUGGCAACAUUGAAAUGAAUUUCGCGUAUAUAAAGCCUUUAAAUCGCCAUUAG